CUGCGCGUCCUGGCCGGCUGCGUCCUGUGCGUCCUGAUCGUGUCCACGCUGCUGGGCAACACGCUGGUCUGCGCCGCCGUCGUCAAGUUCCGCCACCUGCGCUCCAAAGUCACCAACUCGUUCGUCAUCUCGCUGGCCGUGUCCGACCUGUUCGUGGCCGUGCUGGUGAUGCCGUGGCGGGCCGUGUCCGAGGUGGCCGGCGUCUGGCUCUUCGGCCGCUUCUGCGACACGUGGGUGGCCUUCGACAUCAUGUGCUCCACGGCGUCCAUCCUCAACCUGUGCGUCAUCAGCAUGGACCGCUACUGGGCCAUCUCCAGCCCCUUCAAGUACGAGCGCAGGAUGACGCGCAGGUUCGCCUUCCUGAUGAUCGGCGUGGCGUGGACUCUGUCCGUGCUCAUCUCCUUCAUCCCCGUCCGGCUCAACUGGCACCGCCAGGCGCACGACGACUCCGCGCCGGACGACCCGCGCGGCUGCAACGCCAGCCUGAACCGCACUUACGCCAUCUCCUCCUCCCUCAUCAGCUUCUACAUCCCCGUGGUGAUCAUGGUGGGGACGUACACGCGCAUUUUCCGCAUCGCUCAGACUCAGAUCCGGCGCAUCUCGUCCCUGGAGAAGGCUGCGGCGGUGCCGCGGGCGCGGUGCGCGCACAGCCCGCGCCGCGGCCGCGGCCCCGGCCGGUGCCCCGGCCCCGGCCGCGCCUCGACGCACGACGAGAGCUCUCUGAAAACGUCCUUCAAGCGUGAAACCAAAGUGCUGAAGACGCUGUCCAUCAUCAUGGGGGUGUUUGUGUUCUGCUGGCUGCCGUUCUUCGUGCUGAACUGUGUGGUGCCGUUCUGCGGGGACGGGGAGCCGCCGUGCGUCAGCGACACCACCUUCAGCAUCUUCGUGUGGUUCGGCUGGGCCAACUCGUCCCUGAACCCGGUCAUCUACGCCUUCAACGCAGACUUCCGCAGGGCCUUCUCCACCAUCCUGGGCUGCAGCAGGUACUGCUCCACGUCCACGGUGGAGACGGUGGACUUCAGCAACGAGCUGGUGUCCUAUCACCACGACACCACCCUGCAGAAGGAGGCCGUGCCGAGGCUCCGGGAGCCGGAACACAACUUUGACAAAGUUUCCGUCAUUUCCGACGACUCCACGAACCACAGGAACCUGCUGCUGCCCGCCAUGCUGCACUUCGAGUGCGAGCGGGAGAUUUCUCUUGACAUGAUGCCCUUCAACUCAUCCGAUCCCGACUGUUAUGUUAUCCCUGGACAAAUCCAGGACCUGUAA